AUGAAACUGGUAAUGGCAUAUCUGCCCAAGAAAGUGGCGCACCCCGAGCUCAGGGUCCCGAAGGCCCCGCUGUUACAGCUGAGGGUGGAUUCUCAUACCGCGCUCCUGACGGUCAGCAGAUCUCUCCUAUCAUACACCGCUGACGAAAAUGGUUUUCAUCCCGUCGGGUCUCACCUCCCUACGCCACCUCCAAUCCCCGAAGAAAUCCUUCGCUCCAUUGAAUUUAACAGGCGUAACCCAUCUUCUGAAGGUGCGUACAACCCAGGCGCAGGUUCUGGAGGCAACGGCGGUUCCGGCUACCACUACUGA